ACUUUAGCCACAUUAGGCAAUUCCGUAAUCUUAUUUAAGGAAAUAAUGAAGCACAUUAAUAAUGUAUUUAUUGUGGUUUAAUAAAAAAUUUAUUAUAUAUUUAGAUGGACCAACAUAUUUCUCUAAGGAUUCUAAGAAUCAUUCUAGCGAUGACAUGUGGAUACAAAAAAUGUUGCAAUACUUCUCAAAUAAUAUAUAGGGAUAUCAAACCAUUGAUUCUUUGACAGAAGAAUACUCACUUUGAGUAACAAUGGCAGCAACUUUCAUCGUUGACUUUGGAAACGGUUUCAUCUUUAUCAUCCUUUGCCUCUUUUCAUUUCUCUGUUACUAUUUCUUCUUCAAGAAACCAAAUGACUCACAAGACUGUGAUCUGCCUCCCAGCCCUCCGUCGCUUCCAAUCAUCGGCCAUCUUCACCUUCUCCUCUCUCUUAUAGUCCACAAAUCCUUACAUAAACUCUCCUCCAAGUAUGGACCUAUCCUCUAUCUUCGUGUCUUAAAUGUCCCCAUACUCCUUGUCUCCUCCGCCUCAAUAGCCUAUGAGAUCUUUAGGGCGCAAGACAUGAACGUUUCAACUCGCAACCUCCCUACGAACGAAGGGUCUCUUUUCUUUGGAUCUUCCGGCCUCGCUACCGCUCCUUACGGGGAUUACUGGAAAUUCAUAAAAAAGCUCAUCACCACAAAGCUCCUUGGACCUCAGGCUCUCGAGAGGUCACGAGGCAUCCGCGCGGAUGAGGUAAACCGGUUUUACUUGAAUCUUGUAGACAAGGCAACGAAGAAGGAGAGCGUUGAGAUCGCUGAGGAAGCUAUGAAGCUAAUAAGCAACAGCAUGUGCAAGAUGCUUAUGGGAAAGAGUGAUCAUGCAGAGAAAGUGAGGGGGUUAGUGGCUGAAACAGAUGUCUUGUCAAAGAAGUUUUUCUUGGCGGCCAUCUUGCGCAAGCCGCUUUCGAAGCUCGGGAUCUCAGUUUUCGAAAAGGAUUUAGCCAGUAUUUCCUCCAGGUACAACGACGUGUUGGAGAAGAGUCUUGUGGAAUAUGAGGAGGACCAUAACCAAAGCUGUGAGAUGUUGGACGUACUAUUGGAAGCUUGUCAAGGUAAAACUAAGGAUGUUGUUAAAAUAGCUUGUCUAUUAACCAGUUUAACUAUACAAUUGAUUAAAUAUUUUUCCAUUUCCCAUUUUAGUAUGCUUGUACAGGAUCUUUUCGUUGCAAGUACUGACACCUCAACGAACACUAUACAAUGGACUAUGGCAGAGAUUUUCAACAAUCCAAAGAUUCUGGAGAGAUUGAGAGAAGAAAUAGAUUCAGUUGUAGAGAAAACAAGGUUGAUUCAGGAAACAGAUCUACCUAACCUUACGUAUUUGCAAGCUGUCGUCAAGGAAGGACUGCGAUUGCACCCACCGGUACCUCUUGUGUUAAGGAGCUUCCGGGAAGGAUGUGAGAUCGGAGGCUUUGAUGUGUUGGAGAAGACAAAACUUGUUGUUAACUGCUAUGCUGUAAUGAGGGAUCCAGAUGUCUGGGAAUACCCCGAGGAGUUUAAGCCUGAGAGGUUUCUGCCUUCUUCAAGAUCAUAUCAAGAGGACGAGAUGAAAGAGGAAGUCCUGAAAUACAUUCCUUUCGGGAGCGGAAGGAGAGGCUGUCCUGGAUCAAAUCUAGCUUAUCUUUCUGUAGAAACAGCAAUUGGAGUCAUGGUGCAGUGUUUUGAUUGGAAAAUCGAAGGAGAUGAGGUUAACAUGGAAGAGGCUCGUGGAACACUGACGUUGACUAUGGCUCAUCCCCUUAAGUGCACUCCUCUUCUUCGAGAUCUGAACCCUUUAAGGUAUCUGCAUUGAGGAUUCAAUGCAGAGGUUCGCACCUUUCCCAAAAAAAAAAUAUUAUAAUAUUCCCAUUUUAUGAAUUCAGUUUUUGCAGGUUUACUGGGAUGAAUCCGGUUCAUCAUUGUAACGCGGGCCCCACGUUACGUGGCGGCUCGCGAUUGGUCUGCUUAUUAUUUAAAAAAAAAAAAUCAAACUAAAAAAAUAAAAAUAAAAUAAUAAAAGUUAAAGUUAUGAUCCUCCUUCAAGGUUCAUUGAUGCAGAUGCUCUUACCUUCCAUUACGUAGAUUUCCAGUCUGUGCAUCCCACACAAUGUCUAUCUUUGCAUGUCAUCUUUGGUUUAUGGCUACAUGGAAAGAAUAAUUUUAUUAUGUAUGAUUUUGUUAAUGGAUUUUAGAUAAAAUGCAGUUAGCAAAUAUAGAUGCUCUAAACUUUGUCUAAAGCUCAAAACUUCGAGCAUAUAAAAAAUGUUGUUGUACAUUUAGACGACUUCUCUUGGAAGAAAAUGACAAAAAUGAGGUUUUAUUGUAGACUAUUUAUUGUUAUUAUAUUUUCGAAUAAAAUAUUUACGAAAAAUUUCUUAGGAUAAUAUUUUUAAGUUUAUUUUCGCAAAAACAGUUUUUAAGAAAGAAAAUGACCAAAAGAAGUUUCACUAAAAAAUAAAUAUAUAUUUACAUCUUUAUGAUUAACUAAUUUAGACUUAAUGUUUAGGGUUAAGGAGUGGAAUAUAAAAUUUAUAAAAUAAACAAUAAUUAUUAAAAAUUUAAAAAUGCAAAUUUAAAAAUAGUUUCAAAAAACAUUUUCGAAUUAAAAUUUUUUUUGAAAAAAAACAAUUUCAAAAAUAAAAUUUUCGAAAAAGAACAAAGUUAUAGAAAAAUUUCAAUUUGGAAACAUAUAAUUCGAACUAUUAAAAAAUAUUUUUUAUUAUUUAUUAUUUAUUUAUAUUUGUAUAAUAAAGCAAAAAUGUAAAAAUAUCAUUUGUCUCUUUAAUAAAACUUCUUUUGUCACUUUCCUUCUUAAAAGUUUUUUGGUGAUAAAACCUUGAAAUUGACUAUUUGUGAGAAUUGUCCAAUAUUUAUUGAUUACUAUCGAUAUUUAAAAGACAGUUUAUUAUGUAGGUGGGGUGGCGAGGUGGAUAGUUUAUCUGGAGCCAUGUCUACGUUGAACAGAUUUGGGGUACAGUAAAUUUUAUGAUGUGUUUGCUAUAACUAAUGUGUCAUCAAUUGAAGGUCGUCUUAGUUUAGUUUCCAUGGAAAGAACAUUAAUUUCUCGUUAUAUAUCUACUAGGUCUUUGUCCGCGAUACGCGCGGAUAGUAUUUUGAUUUAUUUUCAGAGUUUUGUACUAUUAUGUCAAUUGUUUAGUUUUAUAAAAUGUUAUGUUUUUACUGUAAAUUUGGAAUUAAAAAUCUAAUUUUCUCUUACUGUAAAGUAAGUUAAUUUUUUUGAAUCUUACCACAACACAUUAUACGUGAAGAGAAUAUAGGUGGUCUUUAUAUUCUUAUUUGAUGUAAUAUUGAAAAUUUUGAUGGUUUGUUUAAAUGGUUUUUUAAAUUAUAUAUUUUAGGAUUGAUUUUCGUAACUAUAUUCUAUAAUUGUCUAAAAAAAAUUGUUUGUCCCAUAUAGACAUCCACAUAACUAUGGACUUCUGAUAAAUUUGUUCAUUGAAAUAUUUAGUUUCACUUUCAAAUUAAUUCUCUUUUUUGGCAUCCUCAUGCUAGCUUGUGGGGCUAGCCAACUUGGUGCAAAAGGGUUUACAAAAGCUGAUCGAGAUGCGCGUGAUCGGACAUCUUUUGCUAGGCUAUUUGUACCGAAUUUUAAAGAUCUAGGAAUAUAAACAAUAGAAAGUUCAAAAAAUUAUUUGGAUACAGCCUGUAUUUCGUCGAGCUCCGAGUCCAACGCAGGCCAAUCUUCCUCCUUUUGAAUGAGUAUAACCAGUUGUUCACAGUCGAUUGAAAGACCAUCUCUCUGUGUCCAAACUUCAGUAUCACUUGCAUUGCCCAUAGCAAACCUUCAGCUUCCGCUUGCAGUGGUGAUUUGGUGCGUGUAUAUCUGCCCUUGCUCCAAACAGCAUUGGAAAGUCACCAUCCAUUAACACAAAGCCAAGUCCAGAUAUGUCUCUUUCAUUUAUCCAUAAUGGCUGGCAGGAGCGUUUCUUUACGGAGGAAGAGUUGUGUCCGUUACCUCAACUCCCAUAUCAAUCUCCAUAAUCUCAUAUAUACGUUGAACUAUCCUCCAACACUCUGCUUCAAUUUUAUUCGCUAAUGGGAAAGACAUAAUUCCUACGACAUAAUUAAUGAUUUUUUUUUGUAACACCGAUACGGGGCAAACUUAUGUUUUAUUUAACAAAACUCUUAUUUUAAUUUUGUAUUAAAGAAUCAAUCAUAUUUUAUAUUAUCCAUAAUUUUAGUAAAUUUG